AUGGAGGGGCCCCGGCUUCCUCCUUCCGCCACCGCCCAUGAAUCGGACGAUGACAAACCCGAUGAUCCUCCUUCCGCCUGGCACCGUCCAACCUCCAGCCUCCCCUCAUUGCCCUCUCAAGAUCCUCCAUCACACCAUUGGCGUAAUCAUUCUCUUAAACUCUCUCCAACCCCAACCACACCUCUUCCGUCUCUUCCUCCUCCGGAUUCAAUCCCUGAGCUAGAGACUUACGUUGUCCAGGUCCCGAGAGAUCAAGUCUAUUGGACUCCUCCUCCGGAACACGCAAAAUACGUCGAAAAACGCCGCAGUAACCCGGAGAAAAACAAAAAAAACGGGUGUUUUAAACGUCUUAUGUGGUUCUUCAUCAUCUUGCUGGUUUUCGCAUUCAUCCUCGGUGCAAUCACUCUCAUCCUUCAUUUCGCUUUCAGUCCCGCUCUUCCGGUUUUUUCGGUCGAGGGAUUAACCGUAAAACCUAGUAAUUUCGAGGUCACGUUGAGAGCUGAUAAUCCGACGUCUAACAUGGGGGUAAGCUAUCUGAUGAAAAAAGGUGGUUUGGUUUCGUUAAUGUACAAGAACAAGAGCUUAGGACGAGGGAAAUUCCCAAAGAUGUCUCAGGCCGCAUCUGGAUCCGACAAGGUCGAUGUAAAGCUCGAUGGGUCGACCAAGAACGCGGUUAUGCCACCUCGGGGAUCAAAACAACCGGUGAGUUUGGUGCUGAUGAUGGAGCUAAAGGCGGAGUAUGAAGCAGGACCGGUGAAAAAGAACAAGGAAGUGGUGGUGACUUGUGAUGUUAAGGUUAAGGGAUUAUUGGAUGCCAAGAAGGUCGAAAUUGUGUCGGAGAAUUGUGAGAGUGAGUUCAAGAACUGA